UCCUUUUCUGCUAUAAACUCCAGUCUCUGCCGGGUUUUCCUGACCAAACAUGGCUGAAUCAUUCGUCCUUAACACUGGGGCAAGGAUCCCAUCAAUUGGUCUCGGCACAAUGCAAAUAGAACCUGGCGCUGUCGACGGUGCCAUCUAUGCUGCUGUGAAGGCUGGAUAUCGGCAUAUUGAUUGUGCUCCGAUAUACUGCAAUGAGAAACAGGUUGGCUUGGCUUUGAAGAAAUUAUUUGAGGAUGGUGUGGUUAAGCGUGAAGAUUUGUUUAUCACCUCGAAGCUAUGGUCUGGUGAUCAUGCGCCUGAAGAUGUGCCGGAGGCGUUUGGCACUACCCUUAAAGAUUUGCAGAUUGACUACAUAGAUUUGUUCCUCAUUCAUGGUCCAAUCCGUAUCAAGAAAGGAACUACCGUGUCCCCUGAAAACUUUCUGCCACCUGAUAUUCCUGCUACAUGGGGAGCAAUGGAGAAGUUAUACGACUCUGGCAAAGCUCGAGCAAUCGGCGUGAGUAACUUUUCUCGCAAGAAGCUGGUGGAUUUGCUCGCCGUUGCACGCGUGCCUCCAGCAGUCAACCAGGUUGAGUGCCAUCUGAUUUGGCAGCAAGACAAUCUCCGCAAACUAUGCCAGUCAAGGGGUGUUCAUUUUUCUGCAUUUUCGCCGUUAGGUUCGCAUGGAUCACCCGCGGUCAAUGGGGCUAAUCUCCUUAGCGAUCCUAUUGUCAUCUCCGUUGCCAAGAAGCUGGAGAAAACAACUGCACAGGUCGCUCUACGCUGGGGUCUUCAGAUGGGCCAGAGUGUGCUCCCCAAAAGCGCCAAUGAAGCACGGAUUAAGGAGAACUUCGACAUAUUUAAUUGGUCCAUUUCUGAAGAUUUGAUGGCGAAAUUCUCUGAAAUCAAACAGGAAAGGUUGCUGAAAGCAGAAUUCGCAGUUCACCCUCUGAGCGUUUACAAAACCUUGGAUGAUCUUUGGGAGGAUGGUGAGAUCUGAAGCAUAUGAGCUUGUCCGGAGUGAGCGAACUCCAUGAGCCGGUAGAGACACCGAAUAUCCGCACUGUAUCCAUGUGUUAAA